AUGGCGUCCAAAGCGAUGGACGACGACGACAACAAAAUCACCACCUCGGUGGAAAUCUCCCCUCCACUCGCCGACAACAAUGUCCCCGACACACAGCCUGCCUUCCAAACCGCCAAAAAUGGCAACCUCAUCGAUUCCGGCUUCCAACGCGGCCUGCAAAACCGCCACCUCGUGAUGAUUUCCUUCGGCGGCGUCGUGGGAGCUUCCAUCUGGUACGGGGUGGGUUUCGCCGUCGCCUAUUCCGGGCCCCUCGGCGCUCUGAUCUGCUUCCUCGUAAUAGGAAUCGACGUCUACUGCGUCAUGCAGAGCCUCGGGGAGAUGGCGACCUUAUAUCCCAUCCAGGGGGCUUUCAUCGAGCUGGCAGCAAGAUUUGUCGACGAGGCGCUGGCGUUCAGUCUCGGGUGGAAUUACUGGUACUUGUGGGUGGCGAACAUCGCGGGGGAUUUCAAUGCGAGUUCCCUGAUCAUGGGCUUCUGGACGGGGGAUCGCGUGCCGAGCUAUGGGUGGAUCUUGAUCUGGUGGGCUUUUUAUCAGGGGACGAGUUUGCUGGGGGUUGUGGUCUGGGGGGAGAUGGAAUUCUGGCUGGCUUGUUGGAAACUGUUGUGUAUUCUGGGGGGUUUCCUGUGUGCGAUACUCAUUAAUACGGGGGCGAUCGGGGGGGAUUAUAUUGGGUUUCGAUACUGGAGGGAGCCUGGACCGGUCGCGAACGGGAUCGACGGAUUCGGGCAAUGUUUCUUGUUGGCGGCGGUCUAUUACUGUGGGACGGAAAUGCUGGCUCUCACGGCUGCGGAGAGCAAGAACCCGGCUCGCGAUCUUCCCAAGGCCAUCAAGCAGACGUUCUGGCGAGUCCUGGUCAUCUUCCUGGGACUCGUCUUCUUUGCGGGAAUCCUGGUGCCUUCAAACGAUCCGAGCCUCCUGACUGCGGAGAGCAAGACGGGCAAAUCCCCCUGGACCAUCGCGUUCGAUCACGCGGGUGUUCCGGCCAUGGGACACGUGGUCAACGUCGUCAUGAUCACCGCCCAGCUCUCGUCGAUGAAUUCCGCUCUGUACGUCGCUUCCAGGACUCUGGUCAAUCUCGCCUCGAGCGGCCGGGCACCGAGAUUCUUCGCAAAGACAACGAAAAACGGCACACCCGUCAACGCUCUUGUCAUGUCCAACGCCCUGGCUCUCGUCGCCAUGCUCAACUACAAGACUGGUCCGGGGAAAGUGUUCGCCUAUCUCAUCGAUAUCUGCGGCUCCGCCACGUAUAUUGCAUGGGCCGUCAUUGGCGUGGUCCAUUUACGUUUCCGCAGAGCCUGGAAAGUCCAAGGCCAUGCGGUGGAAGAUUUACCUUUCCGAGCCAUGUUCUAUCCUUACGGGACGUGGUUCGUCAUCUUCAUUAACGUCUUCCUGGUGCUGAUUGCCGGGUUUUCGGUUUUCGUUGGAGGCUUUCAUGCUGUUGACUUCGUCGUCAAUUACGUGGUCAUAGCCGUGUUUGCGGUGCUGUAUGUGGGUUGGAAGGUGAUUAAGAAGACCAGGUUGGUGCCACUGGCCGAAAUUGAUCUCGUCUCUGGCAGGAGGGAGCACUUGUCCACCCAGUAA